AAAACAAAAUGUAUUUAAACAAAGGCGUUACAAGUAAAAGCUAACGUUAAAUAAAAAAUAGAAUGCAUAUGUAUUACCGUAUUUUGGGUCGUAACUAAUGCGUUACACGGUUUUGCACUACACAACCCCACCGAGAGAUGGCGACAAAUGGCUACCAAACAAAUAUAGGCUCCCAGCUUUUAUUUGACAGGCGCUGAUGUGUAGCCUGAACAUGUUGUGUUGCAAGUUUUAUCUUGUGCUCUUCUGGUACUCCACAUCUACUGUGAGUGGAGACAAUAACUAUUGGAGGUAGUUCAUAGAUGACACUUCACAACGCAUCUCUUCGUCGGUGCCUUCCCGCGACUAGUAUUAAGCUAGCCAUAAUGAGGAAAACUGCCCACGUUUCCGGUGUUCGUGUUGCUCAACCUGACACUUUGACACAGGUCCCCAGAGUGUGACUUCUGACACUCCUCUCAGCAUGGAAAACCCACCUCAGUCCAGGCUUUACCUCUGAAUAAACUUCACACAAGUUACGCUUCGUAUUAUGGAUUCCUCUACAAACAGCUUGGGUGAGUGAAGCAAAGAAAAACGUCUCGUGUGUUUAUGUUCAGCGGUUUUUACUGACAACAGCGUUGUGGAAACUUGACUGACUGAGAGUUCGGAUAUCGCUCACAUGGUUAUGGAGGCAACACUUUGCCAAAAUAAUACAAAAUUGGCCAUAAUUGUUGUGUUGCUGUUCGGCAGACGUACGCAGGUCGGGAGACAUGGCUUGUCGCAUUUUACAGUACUGUAACGUUUUCAGGCUUGGUCGGCUGUGCAUUUUACUUGAAUAAGCUUUUAAUUUAAUAAAUAAUGUUGCACAGCUCUCUCGCAGUGCUUCCUGCCGCAUUCCUUGAUAUAUUUCGGUGGGAGAGGAGGAUAGUGGGAAAAACAGGCACGCUGCUCCAAAAGAUUGACAUUCUAAGGUCUUUUUGUUUUAUUCAGCUACAAUUAUACCGUCAAGCAAAAGCCAUGUAAAAUAUUCAUUUUUCAAAUAGUGAUGUAGGCACUUAAUUUCUCGAUGCAAGCUGUGUUGCAAAAUGACAGCAGCACUUGUGUAACGUUAAGUGUGUAGGUGUGUCGGAGCUGAAGUGUUUGGUAAACAGCUGCAGUAGUUACAUGUCCUGCUGCUCGCUAGUUUCAGUUUUAGCGCGUGAUAGUUUAAGCAUUCUAUUCAAACAGCUGUCUUUAUUUUUGGCACGCGGGGUCAAGAUGAAUGUUAGAAUUGAUUGUAACUUUUAAAAACGUUUUCUGUUUAUCAUCUGCCUUGCUCUGUGGUGACUAAUGUGAAAUGUCAGAAGAAUUAGUUAACUUUAUGAAACAUUUAGCUUUGUUAAAAUUAACGUUUUAUUAAAUGAAGUUGUGCACUGCUAACAGCUGAAUGAGGUCCUGGCUGUGUUUCCAGCAGCCACAUCAACAGGCCAAGCAGAGCUGUCAGGGGAUCAAAGAAACCUCUGCUGUAUAUACACACACGUGUGUAUAUACAAUGUUUAGCACUGUAUAUGAUAUUGUAUCAGGCUGUCCUUUAUGCACAAGCAGUUCGAAUUUGAAUGAAACAUUCUUUCUCAAAGUCGUUCGGUUUUUGCAAGGAAGCCACAAACCUCAGGGUGUUUCAGAAGCUCCACCUGCUCUGAUCCCCCACAAUGCCGUCUGUUUCCAAGGAGCUCUCACACUGUUGCACGAUGCUGAUUUUUGUUGCACAUCUGUGGGCCCUGCUGUCCCACCUUAUGCGCCGAUGUUGUGUUUGCUUGCCUUGUAAAUCGGUGGGGCGGCAAGGCCCAGGGGAAAAGUAAAUAUCAGGUGGAGACGCUCGCCAGCGUCUGUGGCCAACACUGCUGGAGGGAGCUGACGAGUAAAAGCCAGUGUCGAGGCUGCCACUCUGCUCGAUGAAGAUGUGUGCCUUUAAUAGGGGUCAUCUUGCACUGACGUGUCAUAAUGAAGGUGAUUUAGUAACUGACAAGCUGUGAUACAGUAACAUGCAGCCAUGCUGUACAGCUGCUCCUUCCUGUGUCUCACUGUCAGCUGACCGGCUCUCACCUUAUCACGGGUCAGAUGACGACUCAUUGCUGUAGUCUGUGAUGCUUUGAUUACGAGAAGAUACCAAUAUACAAUACGCUUCUCCACCCAAAGCUUGAAAAGCCUGCAUGUCAUCAUACAAAUGAUGACAUGCAGGCUUUUCAAAGCAAAAGCAUUUACGUAGGGCUGGGUGAUCCGGCUGAAAUCAAUGGCACAAUGUUAAUACAAAUAUCUUUAUCAAUACAGAAGCAGUAUCACAAUAUUGUAAAGGUAUGCAGAAUUACAUAUAGAAUACUCUGAUUGAUAGAUCAAUCAAUAUCUGCAGUGAAAAUGAUUUUCAGCGUACAUGCUUUGUGAAGCUAAUAUCAGCUCAUACUCAUACUAUGUUUGUAUGCUGGUGCAGUUACUACUAAUAGUCCAUACAUAUUUUAGUAAUUUAGAUAUAACUAUUAUUCACCAAUUAUGAUGACUGAGAAAUGUGUGUCAGCAUCUUCAGAUCUCUGGACGGUCUGUGGUGGCCUGUACUGGAUGUAGAUAUAGUAUAGAACAGGUGGAGCAGAAGGCAAAGUUCAUCUGAAUUAACCGUGACCUUGAACAGGUGCACCCGUCAUCUGCUGUACAUUCACUGUAAAUGCAGUUUAUUAGCUCACUGCCUGACCGUAUAGCAACCCGAAUGAGACUGACGGCUCACUCGCUGUGACUCUUCUUUACUCAGACGUUACAGUGUGGUCGAAGACGUAUUCGUCCUCGGACGCUCUGAAGUUUUUGGUUGCCAAAACGGUAAACAUGGUUGCAAUGUUUAGUCGCCUAAUCUUUUCUUAGAACUCCAGAUACCAGACCCUGAAGCAGUGUCCCAGUUGCAUACUGAUAUGCAUGCAUGUACUGUACAAAUUCUUACCGUGUACAGUAUGACUUAGUGAGUAGUAUGAAGGAUAACACAUUGUUGGUGGGGAUGGAAGAAUACAGACACGACUCGCAAAACCCCAAAAAAGAAGCAAAUCUUUUUAUUCUACUUUUGGAUAUUGCAAACAAAACUACUAACUCACAUGUUCUAUAAUAUUCUCUCCAAAUGGUCAACUAAUUCCUCGCAUACAUAAUUGAGUACCUGAUAAGCAGCGUCCCACUUCCACAAUACAUAGUUUACAGUAUCUUCUAUAUCGAGUAGUUGUUAGAGCUUUUACAGUGAGUGUGAGAAACCAGUGGAUGUUGGUUUGUGGUUGGAUGAAAUUAUGCAAUGUAUGUGCCAGAUGUCAAUCAGACAGCAGCUCUGGAAUACCACUGCCAGUCACACUUCACUGAGAGUGAAUAAGAUGUUUAAAAGUAAAAAAAAACAAAAACUUUUUUGUUAAAUAGUUUUCUAUUGUUUCACCGCCAACUGCAGCUUGAGUGAGUAGCUUCUCUGUAUCUCUUCGUGCAUUGCAUUGUGGGACAGCACUGUCCAUCAGCAGUUUCUCACCUUGUUGUAACUGGCAGUAAUGAUGAUACAAACUUAGGAAAAUGAGAACCAAGUUUUAUUGAAGCAGAUUUAUCCUUUCAUGAUUUCCUUUUUCUCCGUCAAUAACAACUGAAUUUGGGACCGAGAGCAAGUUGUGCAGAGAUCAGCAGGAAGUUGCAUCAACAGAUGGCAGCUCGUUUUUCCCAGGAUGUCGUAAUGCGGCCUCUCUUCUGCAGUCUUGAGACGACGCGUCGGCAGACGGCAGCACCGACUUCCCAGACCGAGCUUCCAUGAUGGAGGUGCGUCUGCAGGCGCAGGAAGAUGAGAUCACGCUGCUGAAAUCCUCGCUGGCUGACGCCCUGCGCAGGAUCCGCCUCCAUGAUCAGCUCUUACCAUUACUGAAACAGCAGCUCAUUGCAGUGAACCCAGGUGCUGCUCGAGUGCUGAACCAUGUGUGCUGCUCUGAUGGUUGCACAGGCAGCAAAAGACUUUCCUCCAGCUCAGCCGUUGAUGGGAUCCGCCACCCUGCUACCAGCCAACUGUCAGGCAGCAUUGUGACCAAUGCCAAUGGCCACAUAGGAAGCCCAGUGUCCAUGAUGCCGAGACCCAGAUCAGCAACCCUGGACAGGUCAACCCAGACAGAGCCCAUCCUCCCAGGGCAGGACACUGGGCAGGACAGGGUCCCUCUCCCCAGGCGCGUCCAGAGCCUGCAACUGGAGGACGCACUCCCUCCGGGGCAGCCUUUGGUUGAGGGGACACGGGCCAAGCUCCACCGCACCCCCGGGUUGGAAGAGGAGGAUGAGGAGGAAGAUGAAGAAGGAGGAGGGGAGCAGGAAAAGGAGCUGAGUUGGACGUCGUCGGUGGAGGAGCCCAUUCAGCCCACCACGAUCAGAUGUCUCCAAAGGGAGGACUUCCGGGACAGAAGCUGCUCCCCAGAGGAGCUAGGCUCUGCCUCGGCCUCGGUCAGAACCUCAGACUCCAACCUCAGCUCCCGCUCCGGCCCCCUGUCCGCCAUCCAGGAAGGAGAGAAGAAACCGCUGGUUCGUAGGAACAGCGAGAAACUGGGGAACCCGGAGAGGCAGAGGAAACGUCUGGACAAGAAGGCGGCGUCCUCGGCUAACCUCCUCACCCGCUCCCCCAGCCUGGAGAACCGAGCAAAGGAGCUGGUCGCCGGUGCAGGAUCCCCCGGAUCCAGAAGAGGAACCUACAGCCAAGAACAGUCAAUCAAAAUGUUCAUCCGAGGCCGGCCGAUAACCAUGUACAUCCCCUCUAACAUCCAGAACUAUGAAGACCUGAAGAUGGAGCCGCCCUCUGAGAGACUGGAGUUGGACUGGGUCUAUGGGUACCGGGGCCGGGACUGCCGGGCCAACCUGUACUUCCUUCCUACGGGUGAAGCGGUGUUCUUCAUCGCCUGUGUGGUCGUGCUUUACCACAUCAACAACCGCACACAACGCCACUAUCGCAAACACACCGAUUGCGUCCGCUGUCUUACCCUCCAUCCUGACAAGGUGCGCGUGGCGUCUGGCCAGACAUCAGGGGUGGAUAAAGACGGCAAGCCCCUGCACCCUUGUGUUCAUAUUUGGGACUCCACCACCCUGGUCACCCUGCAGCAGAUCGGCCUGGGAAGCUUCCAGAGGGGAGUGGGAGCCGUUGCGUUUUCCUUUGCUGACUCCGGAGCGUUCCUGUGUGUGAUCGACGACUCUAAUGAACACAUGCUGUCGGUGUGGGACUGCAACAAGGGGAGCAAGCACGCGGAGGUCAAGAAUACCAACGAGGCUGUGUUCGCCGUGGAGUUUAACCCCAGUGAUAGCACCAACAUCAUCACCUGUGGCAAGUCUCACGUCUACUUCUGGACGCUCACAUCGGGACAGUUCACCAAGAAACAAGGCAUCUUUGGGAAAUACAAGAAGCCCAAGUUCAUCCAGUGCUUUGUGUUCAGUCUGACCGGAGAUGUUCUGACCGGAGACUCUGAGGGAAACAUCCUGACGUGGGGGAAAUCAGCUGCAGAUGUCAAAACGCUCGGCAAAGGAGCCAAAGAGACCUUACAGAUCAUGCGACAGACCCGAGCCCAUGAAGGCAGCGUGUUCACCCUGUGCACCCUGCAGGGCGGCGCUCUGCUCAGCGGAGGAGGGAAGGACCGUAAGAUCAUCCGCUGGAGCGCCGACCUGGCACCCGAGAGAGAGUGUGAGAUUCCAGAAAAUUAUGGAGCAGUCCGUACCAUUGCAGACGUGGAUGGGGAGGAGCUAUUAGUUGGUACAACCCGUAAUGCCAUCCUCAGAGGCACCUUCUCGGACGGAUUUGUGGCCAUAGUGCAGGGUCAUGUGGAUGAGAUGUGGGGGCUGGCCACACACCCCUCUCAGAACAUCUUCCUCACCUGCGGCCACGACAGGCAGGUGUGUUUGUGGAACACAGAGGAGCACAAGCUGGACUGGUGCAUCACGCUGGAGGAGUACGGGUUGUGCGCAGGUUUCUGCCCCAAUGGAUCAGUGGUUUCAGUCGGCCUCAGCACAGGAAGGUGGAUGGUCCUUGACCUGCUGACCAGAGAGGUGGUCUCUGAGUCCAUUGAUGGGAACGAGCAGCUGUCUGUCAUGAGAUACUCACCAGACGGCAGCUUUUUAGCUGUUGGAUCCCAUGAUAACUUCAUCUACAUCUACAAUGUGACCGAGAGCGGCCGGCGUUACACCCGCUUUGGGAAAUGUAAUGGUCACUCCAGCUUCAUAACUCACCUGGAUUGGGCCAAAGAUGGAAAGUACAUCAUGUCUAAUUCAGGCGACUAUGAGAUCCUUUACUGGGACAUAGCAGCAGGGUGUAAACUUUUGAGGAAUCGCUUUGAGAGCAAAGACCGAGAAUGGGCCUCCUAUACCUGUGUGCUGGGCUUCCAUGUCAUUGGUGUGUGGUUGGAGGGCUCCGACGGCACGGACAUCAACGCCCUAUGCCGCUCCCACAGUGAAAGGAUGGUGGCCGUGGCUGACGACUUUUGUAAAGUCCACCUCUUCCAGUACCCCUGUCCCAAACCCAAGGCGCCGAGCCACAAGUACGAGGGCCACGGCAGCCACGUCACCAACGUCUGCUUCACCCACAGCGACUCCCACCUCCUCUCCAUGGGCGGGAAAGACACCUGCAUCCUCCAGUGGAGGGUGAUCCAAGGUGGGGCGGGCGACAGCAGGGAGAGGCUGGCCUCGGCCUCGUCCGCCUCCACCAGCUCCCCGGAGCCUGCCACCAGCUAGGAGGGACACUGCGUUAUUAACAGAGGGGGGAGGGGGGGUGUUUACACCGCCGGAGGGGCGUGUCAGCCUGGUGGACAAGAGUCACAGUUAUGGGCUCUGCGGUGCCACUGCUGCGUCAGUUUCAUACAAGACAUGUAGAGGAAUGUCCACAUUAAAUUUACUCAAUAAUCAUGUGACACUGGACCGUGUGAUCCCUCUAUCAUUCUGUUGGAUAUGUGGUGAGGGUCAUUAGAGGUGGUCUUCUGUGACUAGACUUCUGUGGCGACAAAGACUUUGGUUUCAGUGAACAUUCCUGCAUUUUAGUCCACCUCGUUUAUCAAACUUACCAAAGUGCUGCAUCGCGGCGUCCGCCACCGGGGCCUUUAAAGACUUGUACAUAAUGUUUUUACACAUUUUUGUAAUAUCUUGAGCAGCGUUUGGUCGACAUCUCAGCUAAUAGUGAAGAUGUUUUUCACUCUUGCAUCCGACAGACUGUGACAAACCUGUUCCAAUGAAAUCAAUUCUCAGCAUCUCUGACUAAUUCAUUUCUCCAACAGUAGAUCAGUACACUUGAAAAUGAUUACUUUAGUGUAGUUUUAUAUAUUAAAGAGAACAUUUGGGAAUACUGUGAUGUUGUAUCUGCCAAGCUCUCAAUAAAUAACUGAAGACUGGAAA